AUGGCCACGCUGAGCACGAACCCAGGGCAGCGGCGCACCGCGCCCCACUGGCACACCAGUUCCCAGCUCCUGUCCGCUGCUGCCCACCGCGUCCGGCAGGAAGCACGAGCUCUCCGCAACGAAACCAGCAACCAGGCAAAAUGGGAUGAGCACGACAACCGAACCCGCCUGGCUGAACGUAUCAGGAGCGUGAACAGAUGGAAGGAGACCCUGGACAAAUGCCUCGCAGACGUAGAUGCGGAAAUCGAUGCCUUAGCCAAAGUGAAGGAGGCAGCAGAACGUGCCCUCCAGGCAAAGAACCUGCCUUUGGACGUUGCCAUUGAGUGCCUGACACCCCGGGAGAGCCACCACGCCAUCGAUGUGGUGAGGGACCCUGUGGAGGAGGAGCUGCACAAGGAGGUGAAGUUGGUAGACAAAGCCAAGAGAGAGCUGCAGCAGAAAGCGAGUGAAGCCUUCAAACAGCUCUGCCUCUUACAAGAAGCUCGCCAGCAGCUGAGCAGUGACCACCAGUGCAAGAUGGAAGCAUUGGAAUUAGAUCGGAUGUGCUUAUCCCUCAGCGUAAACUCUCCCAACAUCUCCUUCAAGGUCAACCCAACUCAGGUCCCAAACGGAUCAACGACGGUUGAUGAGUGGGAACAGAACAGCCAGAGCAACAAGCAGCGUGCUGAGGCAGAACUGAAAACCUCUGCUGAGCUCCGAGAAGCCACAGUGCUUGCCAUUGCCCAGACAAACAACGAGCUGGAGGCUCAGCGUGUAGCUACAGAGUUUGCCUUGCGCAAGAGGAUUAGAGACCUGGAGAAAGCCUGUGAUGAACUGAAAUGGCAGGAGCAGAACGCCUUGGAGGAAAUUGCUGAGAUGGAGGAGGAGAUCCGACGCCUGGAGGAAGAGCUUUGGAGGAAGAUGCAGGAUCUGAAAGUGGCGCACACCCGCCUGGAGACGCGCACCUACCGGCCCCGUGCAGACCUCUGCCGGGAUCAGGUCCAGUAUGGGCUAACACAUGAGGUCCACCAGCUGGAGGGAACGAUCCGUGCACUCAAACAGAAGCUGGCAGAGGCACAGGAUUCAUUGGAUGCUCUUCACCAACAACUUCACCGCAUCCGGACAGAUCUUGGCUACAGAACGAAUUCCCUGGUGCUGGACAACAAGUGCAUGGACACCCGGAGGAAGCUCCUGGUCCCCUCCGAGAGGUUUCUGCCGGAGGCUGAGACUUUCCCCGGGGCCACAACCCAUGUGGAGGAAGGGGCAGCAGGAGCUGGUGAAAGAGAGCGCUACUGACUGCGUUCCAUGGCGAGGGAAGCGGGCAUCUGCGUCG